AUGGCCGCGAAGUCGGACGGGCGGCGGAAGAUGAAGAAGGGCGGCGAGGUGGCGUUCACGCCGCUGCAGAACUCUGAGCACUCGGGCUCCGUGCAGGCGCUGGCCCCAGGGCUGCCCGCCGGCGCCGGGCCGGGCGGCGGCAGCGACGACGAUGAGGCGCCCGGGGGCGGGUGCUGCAGCGGCGGCGGCGGCGGGGACGGCUCGGGCGGCGGCUCCCGGUGCUGCUGCUGCUGCUGCAGCGGCGGCAGAGGAGGAGACGGCGGAGGGGGCGGUGGCGGGGGCUCCCGGGGCUCGGGCGGGGGCUCGUCCUCCUUGUGCCUGCGGCUGGGCAGGGAGCAGCGGCGCUACUCGCUGUGGGACUGCCUCUGGAUCCUGGCCGCCCUGGCCGUGUACUUCGCGGACGUGGGCACCGACAUCUGGCUGGCGGUCGACUACUACCUGCGGGGCCAGCGCUGGUGGUUCGGGCUCACCCUAUUCUUCGUGCUGCUGGGCUCCCUCUCCGUGCAGGUCUUCAGCUUCCGCUGGUUCGCGCACGACUUCAGCACCGAGGACAGCGCCGCCGCCGCCGCCGCCGCCGGGCACUGCCCCGCCGCCGAGAGCAAGCUGCUGGUGAGCAGCGGCUCCGCGGCCGCGGACAUCGACGCCGCUCGCCCCAGCACGCCGCAGAGACAGGCGUCCACCGCCAGCAAGGGCAACGCCACCAACAGCAGCAGCAACAGCAGCAGCAACGCCGCCGGCAGCGGCGCCGCCGGUCCCCGCGCUGGCGGCGGCCGGUCCGCGUCCUGCGCCUUCUGCAUCUGGCUCCUGCAGUCGCUCGUCCACAUCCUGCAGCUGGGGCAGGUCUGGAGGUAUUUUCACACGAUGUACUUGGGUAUCCGGAGUCGACAGAGUGGAGAGAAUGACAGAUGGCGGUUUUAUUGGAAAAUGGUCUAUGAGUAUGCCGAUGUGAGUAUGCUGCAUUUGCUAGCCACCUUUCUGGAAAGUGCACCACAGCUGGUCCUGCAACUCUGUAUUGUUGUACAGACUCGUACACUCCAGGCUCUCCAAGGUCUUACUGCUGCAGCAUCCCUUGUAUCCCUGGCUUGGGCUUUGGCUUCCUACCAAAAGGCCCUCCGUGACUCCCGCGAUGACAAGAAACCCAUCAGUUACAUGGCUGUUAUAAUCCAGUUCUGCUGGCACUUCUUCACCAUUGCAGCAAGGGUCAUUACUUUUGCUCUGUUUGCCUCGGUUUUCCAGCUGUACUUUGGGAUCUUCAUCGUGCUGCACUGGUGCAUCAUGACCUUCUGGAUCGUUCACUGCGAGACAGAGUUUUGCAUCACUAAAUGGGAGGAGAUAGUCUUCGACAUGGUUGUUGGGAUAAUCUAUAUCUUCAGCUGGUUCAACGUCAAGGAAGGGAGGACACGCUGUAGGCUUUUCAUUUACUAUUUUGUCAUCCUUUUAGAAAACACCGCCUUGAGCGUUCUCUGGUAUCUGUACAAGGCCCCUCCAAUCUCUGAUGCAUUUGCCAUACCAGCACUGUGUGUAGUGUUCAGCAGCUUUUUAACAGGCAUUGUUUUUAUGCUGAUGUACUAUGCCUUCUUUCACCCCAACGGACCGAGGUUUGGGCAGUCACCAAGCUGUGCUUGUGAGGACCCUGCCGCUGCCUUCACCCUUCCCCCAGAAGUGGCCACGAGCACCCUGCGCUCCAUCUCCAACAACCGGAGCGUCACGAGCGAGCGGGAUCAAAAAUUUGCUGAGAGGGAUGGGUGUGUGCCUGUGUUUCAGGUGAGACCCACUGCUCCAUCCACACCUUCCUCCCGGCCACCAAGGAUUGAGGAGUCUGUCAUUAAAAUCGAUCUGUUCAGGAACAGGUACCCAGCAUGGGAGAGACACGUGUUGGACCGGAGCCUGAGGAAGGCGAUCUUAGCGUUUGAAUGUUCCCCUGCUCCUCCACGGCUACAGUAUAAGGAUGAUGCCCUCAUUCAGGAGCGCUUGGAAUAUGAAACCACAUUGUAGACAAAACAAAAACACAGCUUGGAGCAGCUCCAACAUUACAGUCUAAAUUAAGGGUUGACAGUAGGGCUGUAGGAACAACUAAACUGCGUACUGCAAGUAGAGCAGCGAGCUAUAGCGUUCUUAGUCUGGUUAUCAUCAUGAUUAUCAUUUGAUCCACUGUGUGCAGUCUGUCUGCAGGACACUGAUACAGCAGCAUCAUCUGAAAGCCUCAAAAAACCCCAAACCCUGACCCACACAUACAAAUCAGUUACAUCAGCAGGGGGAACUCACUCACCAGCCCUUACUGGUGUGAAAUUCUGACUGCACAAUACUUUCAAUCAAACCAAUAUAAAGGCUCUGAGCAGAGCUUUCAGCUUCAGCCAGUAGUGCAUUUUAUUUUAGAAAUGAAUGAUUGAUAUUUCCAUAAUCAAUGGCAAAAACAAAAAAACCCACAUCUUUUCAAAAAUAACAAAACUGUAGCAUACAGUGUUGCUGUUAGGAAAACUGUUUUCUGGGGCAAAAAACAGGAGCUUAGUAGUCUUCAACACUCCCAUAAAUCAGCCAUUCAGGUUAGAAUAGGUUUGCAAAAUAGUUCUUAAUUAAAAAGAAACGUCAUCAUGUUUAUAAGGCUGUCAAUGGAAAACAAACUAAAUUCUGAUUAACUAGGUCAUUAAAUUAACACUACCAGGACUAUCUGUUUUCUGUGGAAUUUCAAAAAGUCUUUUUUAAAUGCAGUUUAACUUCUUGGCAUUAUCUUCAAUAGAAACUCUAUGCAGCUCACUUCUGGUUUUGAGGAGAAAUAAGGAGCUCUAGCACGUAGUGAUAUUCAUUAAAUGAUAAUCAUGAUUCAGUGUUCAAUUUGCAAAAAAAAAAAAAAACAAAAGUAAAAGAACAAGGAAAUAUAGUUUUCAUAUUCUAAACUUUUUGGAGGACCCCUUUCAGAUAUUUCAGAAGGAACCACAAGGAGCUGAACACACUGAAACUUCUCUGUUUCAGGACUGAGAAUGCAUGAUUCAGUGUGUGAAUGUAUGCAGGUGUGACAAGAGACUGACAUGCCAUACCCUUCUAGUGCCAAACAUUGUAUAACUGCAAGGUUGAUAUUGCCUGAGGGACACAACAAGUGGCACAAGCCCUACCAGAAAAAGAAGCAGGAAAGACCAACCAAGCUCUCAAUGUGUAGAGACAGCUCUGAUUUUUUCCCCCUCAAGGUGAAAGCGAUGUCUUUUAAAGGCUUUCAGCCACCUCUUAGUAAGUAUAUUCAUGGAAGUAUAAUAUAAACAAGUUAUGUGGAAAAGUCUCUUCUGCCUGUUCAAGACUGGUGUCCAUACGUGUCUAAAAAUUAGAAUCUCUUGUAAUAGAGUGCUUUUGAUGCAAGCUUAUGGGUUUUAAAUACCUCCCUAAAUCUAGUUAAAGGUAUUAUACUUUAUGUUAAAAGUAUCCCCUGAUGGUGCUUUCAGAUGCAUUAAAGGUGCAAGUCAAAAUUUGAUAGUAUUUUUUUUAAAGCUGGUGCAGAGUGAAAAACUCAUGGAUUAUUUCAAUAUUUUUGUAAAGUAAAAAUAUGGUAUAAAAUGUUACUUUUUAUAAACCUCAAAUCUUUUAAUACAUUUCAUUCUCUUUAUAGCUUAGAUUUUAAGAAUUGGUCCAUGAAUUUUAUCAAAUGGCUUUUGCAGGUUGACAUAAACCUGGUUUUCA